UACCAAAUCAACCCUCAACUGCAAUUCCCGGAAGGCCAACCCAAGAAUUAACCGCUUCUUCCACUGUUUUGAAACUGCAGCCAACAAACAAAACUAAGUAGCUUAAGACAAAGAAGAACAACAAAAGAACUUGCAGUUACCACUUUUCAAUGAACAGAAAAAGCAGAAGAGCAUAUUUGUUUUUAGAAUCCUCGUUUGUUCUACUUUUCUCAUGGCUUUGAACACGAUGAUGCUUCAAUCAUGGCCUUUUAUGAGCCUUGUUUUUGUUUUACUUUUGCACAGUUUGUCAAUAACACCAUAUUGUCAUUGCCAAACCAGCAAUUCUCCUCCUCAAAACAUUGAAACUUUCUAUCCUAAUGGAACUUCAGCAACACAACAACCUUUGCCGCCACCACCACAGCCACAACAACCACCGCCACUUCCAACCGCUAACGUAGCACCUAGCCGCGGUUCAUUGAACCAUAACAUAGCGACCGCGGUGGCUGCAACUGCGGCCAGCACCAUAGUUGUUUGUGGUUUAAUUUUCUUUUUGGUUCAAAGGUGCUUGAGGAAGAGAAGGAGAAGGAGAGAGGAGACAAGAAGUAACACUGCAACUGCUGAUGGAGAUACCCGAGUUGUGCCUCAGGGAAAUGUGUUUGAGAGAAUUGAUGGGAAUGUGAGGGGGUUGAUCGUUGAUGAGGAUGGUUUGGAUGUGAUUUAUUGGAGAAAGCUUGAAGGGAAGAACUCUAACAAGGAUCUUCUACAUAAGGAGGUUGUGAGUAGUCCUAGAAACAAAGAAAAAGCAGAACAUGGUCAUGAUGAAAAUCAAGUGAAGAAAUCCAAGUCCAUCCAAGUGGUUCCUCUGCUUAGAGGAAAAUCUUCAACUUCUCACUUGAAUGUAUCUCCAGAAGAGGAUGAGCCAUAUAGAUUUUCGCCGCUUCCAUCUCCUACUCCUUCAAGUCUUCCUGCAUCAGCUGGGAUUGUUAUCAAGGAUGUUCAGAAACCAGAUUCUCCAACUCAACCAUCAACUCCACCCCCUCCAAUUUCACCCUCAACUCCAUCAUCCUCUGCUUCUUUUGCAGCAAUUCCGAAAACGAAUACUCCUGCACCGUCGCCUCCCCCUCUCCCAAUCUCAGCUAGAAGGAGUCCAGCACCACCUCCUCCUCCUCCAGCAUCAUCAAAACCACCACCUGCUCCAAUUGAAAUGACAGCUAUUAAGCAAAGAAACUCUUCAGGGAAAGGCAUGCCAGAAACCAGCAAUGAUCAAGUGAAGCUGAAGCCUUUGCAUUGGGAUAAGGUGAAUAGUAAUAAUGCUGAUCACUCCAUAGUUUGGGACAAAGUCGAUCGUGGCUCUUUCAGGGUUGAUCAAGAUCUUAUGGAAGCUCUCUUUGGUUAUGUCGCAACCAACCGAAGAUCUCCCAAAGGAAAGAGUCACUCAGCCAUUCCCAGCAAGGAUGGCUCAGCUUCUUCAGCAAAAACAUUUCUUCUUGACCCUAGAAAAUCACAGAACAUUGCUAUUGUUUUGAAAUCUCUUGCAGUCUCACAAGGCGAAAUUCUUGAUACACUCAUUGAUGGUAAGGGCCUCAAUGCAGAUACCCUUGAAAAGCUUGCUAGAGUUUCCCCAACAGAAGAAGAGCAAUCUCUUAUCCUUCAAUACAAAGGAGACCCAGCAAGACUUGCAGCAGCUGAAUCAUUCCUCUAUAGCAUCCUUAAAGCUGUUCCCUCGGCUUUCAAGCGCUUGAAUGCCAUGCUAUUCAGGUUGAACUAUGACUCAGAGAUUCAAGAAAUCAAGGAAUCUCUGCAGACCAUUGAACUGGGGUGUAACGAGCUUAAAAGCAAAGGACUCUUUGUGAAGCUUCUUGAAGCAGUGCUUAAGGCAGGAAAUCGAAUGAAUGCAGGAACUGCAAGAGGUAAUGCUCAAGCUUUUUUCAAUUUGGCUUCUCUAAGGAAGCUCUCUGAUGUCAAGACCACCAAUGGAAGAACGACAUUACUUCACUUUGUGGUUGAAGAGGUAGUCCGUUUGGAGGGAAAACGGGUUUCUCUUAACCGCAAUGGCAGCCUGAGCAGUAGCAGCAGUAGGAGCAACAGCAACAGCAAUGGAAACUAUGAGAACAACAUUGCUUCAAAUGAACUGAUAGAAAGGGAAUAUGUAACAUUAGGAUUGCCAAUUGUAGGAGGGAUCAAUUCUGAGUUAUCCAAUGUUAAGAAAGCAGCACAAAUAGAUUAUAACAAUUUAGUUGGUUCAAUCUCGGCCCUCUCAACCCGGUUAGUUGAAAUUCGAGAACUUGCUUCCUUGUGUGGAAAUGGAGGAAAUUUUGUGAAAGAAAUGGAUCAUUUUCUGGGAAAUGCAGAGGAUGAGUUGAAAUUAGUGAGGGACAAGCAAACAAGUGUGUUUCAGCUCAUCAAGAAAACAACACAAUACUAUCAAGGAGGAGCCUCAAAAGAGACUGCAGAAGACAAUCUUCAAUUGUUUGUCAUAGUGAAGGAUUUCCUGGGAAUGGUUGAUCAAACUUGCACUGAGAUUGCACGUGAGCAUCAGAAGAGGAAACCUCCCAAGGCAAUUUUUGGGUAGUCAGCAUCACUAGCAUCAACUAGAACUUGGUCGUAUUCUUCUACCAUUUCCUGCUGUAUAUACUCUUGUAAUUUGUAUUUUUGGAUAAAUGAGAUUUUAUUUAAAAAUUUUCAGAUAA